AUGAUCUUAAAAUUUCUGUGUUUGUUGGCGCUCAUUGUAUUCUCUUAUGGACAUGAAGCAAAGAACAUCACAACCAGCUCCUUGAACACCAUUGUCAGAGACAAGGCAUUGCCAGUAUUGCUUCAUCGUCGAACCGGCAUUGUCUAUAAAAUCCCUAUGCCGAUGAAUUUAUCGGGUAUUGAGGUCUCCGGUCUGAGGUUGAGGAGCAAAACAUUACGGAGGAAAGGCGUCAAUAUUGGUGCAGUUCAUGUUCCUCGAGGAGCCAUUUCAGUUCCUCGUGUUAAGAGGUUGAUCAUUGUGUAUCAAAGUCUUGGCAACUGGUCAUCCAUCUUGUUCAAUGUCCCCGGCCACACGUUUGUGGCUCCGGUUGUUGGAUUUCAAGCCUAUGACGCAUCUAACUUUAGUUCCAAGAGCACAAGGGAGCUUGAAUUCAAUGUAUCAGGAGAUUCAAUCAGCAUAAAGUUCAUUACAGAAGGAAUGAAGCCUGAGUUGAUGUGUGCUAGUUUGGGUUUGAAUGGAGCAGUGGAAUUAUACAACAUGGUGCAUUUAAGUACAUGUUAUGUGAAAACCACCGGGUACUUCGGUGUUGUUAUUCCGGUGAAAUUAUCGGUAUGGAACUCGGUGGGAGGAGGAGGGGGGUUAAUGGUUUGGUUGAUAGCUUGUGGGAUUGGAAUGGUUGGAAUGGUGGUGGUUGGUUUGGUGUGGAUGAGAGUGUUUAGGUUUGCAAGGAAGGAGAAGAUGAAGGAAAUUGAGGAUGGAGAGGCUUUGGAGAGAUUUAGAGUUGGUGGUUCUAACAUGCCUUUUGCUACAAUGGUUAGAACUCAGCCUGUCCUUGAGACUAGAUAG